AUGGACAAAAAAAAAAAAUCCUUAGCUUUAGAAGUAAAGAGAUCAGGAGUACAUUUGGAAAAGCUGAUUCAAAAUGCAUACAAAACAAGUCAUUUAGUUGAUUUAAUUUCCAUUAAUUAGAAGAACUGUAUCGAGUAAUUAGGCACUAAAGAUAAAAUAAAAGAUAGAAUCACUCCAUUAGAAGGGUUAUAGGAUGUCAAUAAUCAAUUAGUACAAACAAAGGUUCAUCUUAUAACAGAAAAUACUGGAACUAAAAUUUAUAAUAAAGAUGGAUAAAUUCUAAGAUAGUAUAUUUUUAAAUGUUAAAUUUUUUAGAGAAAAGAAUAAAUUAGGAUAAAAAUUUGAAUAUGAAUAUAAAAAUCUGGAAUAAAUUAAAUAUCUAUAGUUUAAAGGACAAUAUGGAGUGAAUGGCUAUAGAAUUAAUUAAUGGGAUUAUUUUUGGAAAGGUGAAUAUAUCGGGGGUGGUUUGUACAAUCAUUUGGGGUAAAAAGUUGGAAAUUGGAUAGAUUUACAAGAAAAUUAUCGAGAGUAUUAAUAAAUAUUAAAUUUAUUUUAGGAAAUAGAAAAUAAUUGAAAAAGGAUCCUAUAAGGAGGGUUAGAGAUUUGGUUUUUGGAAUUUGUAUUGGAAUUAACAUCAAAUGUAAAAAUAUUAAUAAUUAAAAAAUUAGAGGGGGCGGAUCAUAUAGUGAUGACGGAUAAUCAAUGAAAAUUGGAAAAUGGAUUGAAAUAAGCGAUGGAUAUGAAAAAUAUGCAAAAAUAACUUAUAAAGGUGAAUAUAAAAGAGGGAAAAAGGUUAAUAUGUGGGAAACUUGGUUUGACAAUCAAUUGUCAAAAUCUUAAUACUAGAUGUAAAUUGUUUUAAUAAUAAAUGGUUAGAGGUGGCGGAUUAUAUGAUGAUAGAGGUGAUGCCAUCAAAAUUGGAUAAUGGAUUGAGCUGAAUGAUAAUUUUUCCCAUGAUUUUUAACUCAUUUAUUAGGGUGAAUAUAAAAAUAGUAACAAAGUUGGUGUUUGGAUUAUGAAAUUUGGUGGAUCGUAUAUGUAAGACACAAAAAAGAUUUAUAUUAGUGGUGGUGGAUCAUAUGAUGAAAGAGGAUAUUGCAUUAAGAUUGGUAAAUGGGUUGAGUUGUCUGCUAAAUUUUGUUCUAAAUGGUUAGUCACUUUUAAAGGUGAAUAUAAAAAUGGAAAAAAGUUGGUAGAUGGGAUACUGCAUUAUCUGGAAUUGAGAUGUAAAAUAUUGUAUUUAGUUUGACCUUAGUGGUGGUGGACAAUAUGAUGAGGAAGGCUAAUAAAAAAAGAUUGGAAAAUGGAUUGAGUUAAAUGAUGAAUUUUGUGAUUAAUUUUAUGUCACUAAUUAAGGUGAAUACAAUAAUGAUCAUAAAGUUGGUAAAUGGAAUAUCACCAUUUACUCAAAGAGUAACCGGAAUGAAUGCGCGUAACAUAUAUAAAAUAACAUAUUUAGGGGAGGUGGAUGUUAUGACCAAAAAGGUGAUGGCAUUAAGAUUGGGAAAUGGAUUGAGUUAUGUGAUGAUUUCAAUAAAAAUAGAUAAAUAAUUUAUAAAGGCAAGUAUUAAAAUGGGUAAAAAGCUGGCAAAUGGGAUAUUUUUUUUGUUCAGAAGUGUGGAGAUGAAGAGAGAAAGAAAAAGAUGUAAUUAAUUUCAGUAAAUUAUCUAGUGGAGGUGGAUCAUAUGAUGAUAAAGGUGAUGGGAGUAAAAUUGGAAAAUGGAUUGAAUUAUGCGAUGGUUUUAAUAUCGAUAAAUAAAUAACUUAUAAAGGGAAGUAUUAAUAUGGUUAAAAAGUUGGCUUAUGGGAUGUUAUUUUUAAUCAUAGAUAUGGAGAAAAUGAGAAAAAAAUCAAAAUGUAACACUAUUAUAUAAAAAAUGAUUAGUGGGGAAAGAUUAUACGAUGAAAAAGGUGAUGGUUAUAAAAUUGGGAAAUGGAUUGAGAUAUGCGAUUAAUUUAAAAAGGAUAGAUAAAUAAUUUAUAAAGGUGAGUAUAAAAAUGAAAGAAAAAUUGGAAGAUGGGGUACUUUUUUAUUGGAUAUUUAAGCAAAUCAAUUUUACAUGUAAGAUUUAACAUAAAUGUAAAUUUUAGUGGUGGCGGAUCAUAUGAUGAAGGAGGUAAUGGGAUAAAGAUUGGAAAUUGGAUUGAGCUGGAUGAUGACUAUAGUUACAGUUGUUAGGAGAUUUAUACUGGAGAUUAUAAAAAUGGCAUAAAAGUUGGUAUAUGGGUGAAAAGAAAUGCGAGUUCUCCCAAUUCAUGUUAAGAAAUCAUUUAUGAUAAUUGA